AGCUGAGAGUUCCCCUCUACACACCAACACAAAAGCCUGAUUGCCUCAGAUUGUUUGUUUAUGUAAAUCAAAAGGCAGCCAUUAAUUCUGCAAGUGGGACUGCUAAGCAACAAAGAAAGUGGCGGUUGGCCGAUUAGUGGGCUGGUGGCAAAUCUGACAAAUCCUAUUGCCUUUGUUCCAAGUUCCAUCUGGGCACCUGUAGAAAAAAGAAGCUUGUUAUUAUGCACUAAAGAAAAUGUUCUUGGAGUAGGAGUUGGAACUACAGGACUUGAAGGCAACAAAGCGUAUCAUCAAGGAUCUGUUUACUCAGUUUCCUCAAAGAUCUCUCUAAGUUGGACUCAACUGUACAUCAUGACAGAUGCUCCAGUGACAUUCAGUCAGGUGGAGUGUAAUGGAGAUAUACCACCUGAAAAUGGUAAACCACUGAUCACUGAGGCCAAUGAGGCAGUCAGUGAUGUGGAGAGCACCCCACCCUACUUCAGGGCAGAACCCAGUCUUGCAGACUCGCCCACAGAAGGAAAUCAGGAGAAAAGUGAAAAACUACAAGGGAAGAGAAUGCUGAACUGGUCCAUGGAUGAGAAGAUUCUAAAAGAAAAACCAGAAGAGAAUCUCUUUAUUGUUCAUAGGGCCAUCACAGAUCUUUCUCUCGAAGAAACAAGUGUUGAUGAAAUGGCACUCAGAGAAGGGCAUCAGUGGGAGAAGAUUCCUCUGAGCAGCAGUAACAAGGAAACAAGUGGACAAAAGGAAAGAAUUGUUGAGCAACCUCUAGAAGAAAGAGAAGAUGAGGGUAGGAAGGACAUAGCUUACCAGGAAACUGAAAUUGAAUGGCUGGGAUUUCGAAAGCCUCGCCAAGUUGACGUGGUACCUGAAGAGGAGCAAGAGGUUUGGGAUGAAGAAAUUAACAAUGAAGACGAUGAUGAAGAUGAAGUUCGAGUGAUAGAAUUCAAGAAAAAAAAUGAAGAGUGUCCUCCCUUAAAGGAGGAAGGUGAUCCAAGUGAGGACUCCCCACUGAGCAGCUCCAGUUCCCAGCCAGUGACACCCGAUGAGCAGCCAGCUUUUGGGAAGAAGAGUGAUAUUUCCAGAAGUUCUUAUUCAAGAUACAAUACAAUAUCCUAUCGAAAAAUCAGGAAGGGGAAUACCAAGCAAAGAAUUGAUGAAUUUGAGUCUAUGAUGCAUUUAUAAACUAACUGAAUCUGAGAAGUUCUCAGGCCCACUAAUGCAAAAGCUAAUUCUAUUUUCUUGAGAUGUAUCUUUGUGUGCCUUAUUCCACUUAUAAGCUUUAAAGCUGUGGAAACUUACUUUCUGUUUUUCUGUAGAAUAAUGUGAAAAUAACCCAAGACAAAAUUCAGUCUGGCAACUUGAAAUCAAAACCUUUACAUUUAUUUGUGGACAUUUGCUUUUUAAAAUUUCACUAACAUAGCAUUAUGGGAUAAGCCCUAAACAACCAGAACCCUGGGGAAUCUGGCAUAAUUUGGCUUUAAAAGGACCAGUGCUGGGAAAUGUAUUCAUUGAAUGAAGAGACCUAUUUGAAAUGGUUCCUACAUUUCUUCUGGGGUCUUACUGUAACUUGAAGCUUAUAGAAAGUCUGUUGUUAACUCUUUCUUAACUUUUAAACAUUAUUUUAUAGACUCUGGCAAUAAACUUUUGAAAAUACUUUGCCUUUCCUAUUAUCUUCGAAAAAAAUUGAAAUGGUUUCCUUGGUAUCCACAGAGUGAAAAUUCUGUAUGGGCCUUCUUCCUCAGUGUUACCAUUCACUGAAUUUUCUCACUAGAGGAGCUGAGCAAUUGUUAGGAGACUUCUGUGUACUAAAUGUUGCCUUUAUGCUCUCAAGAUGAAUUCAACCCAUUGUGAAGUAGACAUAGGGAGGGGCUAUAAAAUUGAUGGGCAAUAGACUAGGGUUUUAUCAGAUAAUUUUAUUUCUGUGAUGGAAAAUAAAAUCUUGCCUACCAAAAUUAAUGUCAUUAAAAAUGAAAAUGAGAACUUUAUCACAUUUUAAGGAAAAUACUCUCCCCUUAUUAUCAUGCUUUUCUUUAUUAAUAAUAUGUCAGAAUAAUUUUCUUUCCUAAGAAACUCAUAAAACUCUAGUCAUAACUGUACCAGUUACUAUGAAAAUGGAAGUAAUUAGCUUAGAAUAUUCUCAAAGUAGAGUGUGAGUAUAUAUUUUUAGUGAGAAAGCUCUGAUAGUUGUUGGGAAUAUAUAAUUUACUGGACCUCAGCCCAAAUCAGAUGCUUAAAAUUGUGCCUAUGGAGUUUAAUCAUCCAGUGUGUCAAAUAAUGUAUUGAAUAUUUAUGAAAAUGGAGAGUCUAUAUUUAUAUAGAUUUCUUAGAGAGUUUCAUAAUUUUUUUAUUUCAUGCCUCCAUAUAUAUUACCCUGUACUUUCUGUCACUCCAGAUAAAGAUAUUUUUUGGCCCUGCAAAUAAAAAGACAAUUCCUUAUUGUCUGAAUGUAAUACAGUCUCCAUUGUACUAUUCAACCCUUUGUUCAUUUCUUUUUCAUUUUGUAAAAAAAACCCAGUUUAGCUCUUCUUAGAUUAUUGCUUAUUUAUGUGUAACAAAUCCCACACAUUUUAAUGGCAAUUUCUUUAAUUCUUCCUGGUCAUAUAAUAUAUUUCCAUAGUAUCAUAUACUAUUAUUUAGUGUUUACAAGACUCACUUUUGAAUUAAGAUUGCAGUGUUCUUUUUAUUCUUUCAAAUACUUUGCAACUUGAUCAUAUAAAAGUUCUGCCAGCCUUAGACUGUAGAACCUGUAGAUUUCAUUCUUGACAAGGCAAGUUUUCAAAAUAAAGCUAGGAAAAUCAGGUCUUUAUUGAAAAAACUUAGGUAGAAAAGUGAUAUACUAGGAUAAUUUCCUGUUUAUUUAGAUCCUCUAAAUCUGUCCAUCUGGACAACCUAUUUUAUUUUCUGGAUUACUGAUGACUUCUGCAAUUUUCUACCUAAAUUUAAAGCUCAGUGCUGUGUUAUCCUUCAUAGAACAGGGGCAUAUUGUUAAUCUACCAUUAGCAGAGCUCGUAUUUUAAAUUAUUCCAGGGGAGGUGAUGAUGCAGUGGUGGGCUAUAACCAUGUGAUAUGGCCAAGCAACUAGCUCUCCUGGGGAAUGCAUAUAGAUGACAGAUAGAUGAUAGAUAGAUAGAUAGUAACGCUGGCCUUUUUACUUUUGUACUCUUUAACCAGAUGAUUAACCAAUCAUGAAAAAUUUUGUCAACAAAACAUUUUUCAGCGUAUAUUCAAAGAAUAAAUACUUAAUGCUCAUGGGUGAGGCAAUGUA